AUGAAGAAUAAGAAUCUAAAAAAGCAGGAACUUAUUAAUACAGAAGCUUUUUCAAUUUAAAAUUUAGUACGCUAAAUUGGGAAUUAUUACACAAAUGAAUUAAAAAAUUAAUUAUAUGCAAUUAUUAUAAAUGCUGAUUUGGCUGGAGACCCUGAAUAAUUAUUCAAAGAAGUAGGUUUUGCUAUAUUAGAUUUUUCUAAUUCAAUAAUAAAUUAUUUUGAAUUAAUUAAUGUAAAAAGGUAUCCUAGAGUUAUUGGAUAAAAUAAAGUUUUAAAGUGCUAUGAUAAAAAUCAAGCUGUUGCUAAAUACGACUUCUAAGAUUGUUUUGAAAGCUUAUAUGUUUUAAACGAAACUGAAAUGUGGUUAAUAACCAAACAGAAAGAUAUUUCUGAAGUUAUAAUUUAAGAUAAUACUCUAACAAUAAACUAUUCAGAUGAAAAUAAAACUAAAGAAAUUUAGCAUGUAAAUUUAAAAAUAUUAAAUUUGACAAGUUCUGUAUAUUAGAUUUCGAAAUUAGAUGAUCAAACAAUAAGAGAAAUUAAAGAAAAGUUUAAUUAUUAAAAUUUAUGGGAAGAUUGGAAAUUAUUUAAAAAAACAGAAUUUACACAUCCUUCCCUUUAAUUAAAAAAAUAAGGAGCUUCAUUUAAAAAUGAUUAAUAUGGUGAAUUUACAUACAGACCAUCAUAUUCAAGUCCACCUUCAAUGUAAGAAUUUUAUGAAGCAGUAAUAAACGGGGCUAUAAAAAGGUAUUAAAUGGGUCUUUAUAAAGGCGAAAACUUGCCCUAAUAUUGUUGUUCCAUGUGCUUCUUGUCAUAUGUAUAUUUAUAUUAACUUUCAUUGUUAAAAAUGCUACUCUGCUUUUUAUUGUGA